AAAACUUUUGCAGCCCCACGCUGUACUGAACAUUGUACUAGGACCAGUACCAAAUUGGCUUAGAUUCCGCUACUUCCGUAGCUCGCUUUUCGCUGGAACGACGAUGUUGAGAAUCCCGAAUCCAGACUGUUACAGCACCCGUUGCUGAGCAGACUCUUGCCUUGAUCGAGUCCAUCGGAGUGUGGUCCGGAAGCUGACCAGGGCACAGAGCAUUUGUGAUGUCCUGAAGGACAAGGGAAUCCACUUGGCGAGUGCAUGUGCUUUUCGUCGUCCGUAAUGGCAGUGUCCCCCCUGAGAACCGUACAGGCAUAGUUUCCUCGACCAGUGCCCUCGAAGGGAGUCGAGCACUGCAUUGGCCCGUAAAGCGCAUCGGGAAGUUGGUGGCCAAAACCACACUGUCAAGCGACUCAUAAUGACUGAGUAAUCGUCUCCGUGAGAAUCUCGUUCAUUCUGUAUCCCGUUGCACGACAUUAAUCCAUUUUCCGUCACCCGACAGUGGCACACAGAGCUGCACCACGAUGCUGACCUUGAUUUGAUUGAGUUCCGUGGUACAAGAUUGGACCUGCAACAACAGUCGAAUGGAUUCGUCUGCUUAGACGGUCGUUACGUUUGCUCAGAGUUCUUCAGAACUUCAGUUCUCUGUAUGGUUGCCGCCUCGUGACUGUAGCGAAAAUGGCGGCUUCCACGAGAGGAGCAAGCUCUGCAUUGCAGGUGUUCAUGUGCUUGGCGGGCAUAUGGUGGUACCUAUAUUGGAUUCUCCUCCCGACUCAUUCCGGCAGAGCGUGGCUCAACAAGAUCGCCAGUCACACCCAAUGGAAAUUCCUCGGUGCAAGAGGUUCCGUGGUUUUUUUUCAAACUUUGCCCGUCUGCAUAAUUGCGCUUCUUACGUACAUCGCUCUCGAGCUGAGAAAGAGGAGUCUUCGAACGCAGAGCGGAGCAGUGGAGAAACCAAAAGUGAACGUGUGGACGCUGCCGAUUCUACUACAAAGUCCACUGGGCAUGUUGACUCUGGCAGAUGUCGUUUUCAUCUUCGUGAAUUUAUUCGUCGUUGUCUUCUAUUUCACGAAGUCUACGGUGGAUAAAGUGCGGGAGAUCGACGAGAUGAUCAUGACUCCGGGAAUACCUGCAAAGUGGAAAUUAAAAUUGGAAGCUGUUGCACUGCGCUUUGGAGUUGCCGCUGUAAUUCCUUUCGCACUGCUUUGGUUUCCUGUCUCGAGGGGCUCUCCCAUUUUACGUUUCACCGGCGUGCCUUUCGAGCGAGCAGUCAAAUAUCACACAUGGCUGGGCAUGCUCACUAUCUGGUUACUAGCGGCGCAUGGUUUAUGCUUCAUUGUAUUUUUCUCCUUCGGCCUGCACGAGCCUAAGAUUAUCCUUCACUGGCAUGGACAAGGGGUAGCAAUAGUGCCAGGAUGGAUAGCUUUGGCAGCAGGGUUGAUGAUGUUCGUGACGGCUCUCGAAAGAGUUCGGAGAAAGAGUUUUGACAUUUUCUUCACCGUACACCACCUUUAUCUGGUGUUCCUGGUCUUCUUCGUGUUCCAUGUCGCCGCAUUCGUGCACUACUACGUCGCACCUGUGCUCCUGUUUUUCCUCGACAGGUUUUUCCGCAUGGUGCAGUCUCGAAGAAAAGUGGAUGUCCUGUCAGCGCGAAUCCUUCCGUCGGGUGCCAUGGAGCUGAAAUUCUCGAAACCGUCAAGUCUAAAUUACUACCCGCUGAGCUUCUUGUACGUCCUAUUUCCGAGUGUAUCGAGGUUCGAGUGGCACCCAUUCAGCGUGGCUUCCAGUCCCCUGGAUGACACGAACCAGAUUUCCAUUUACAUCAAACCGCUGGGAGGGUAUACGAAAAACCUUCACAGCGUGCUCGUCAAUUCCAACAAGUCGAAGGAAGCUGGGAUGCUGGUGUGUCCAUUUUCCUUCAAGCUUGCACUCGAGGGCCCUUACGGCGACGAAUCGAGUUUCUACCUCAAGUACAGGUCUCUCGUACUGGUAGCAGGAGGGAUAGGGAUAACUCCAUUCCUCGCCAUUUUACGAGAUAUUUUGCAUCGUCACAGAUUGAAGGAGCAAGAUGUUCCGUGCAAUAUUCAAUUGAUAUACUGUGUUAGAAAUCCGAAGGAGAUGUGUAUAUUAGACACCUUGAACUUACAUGAGCUUUGUCCCAACUACGCAGACAGUCUGAACAUAGUUUUUCAUCCAUUUGUUACCAGCCAAAUAAAGCCUCAAAAUUACAACGCAGACGGCCAAGUAGAAAUCAGCUCCUCGUCAUAUGAGGACUUCAGCUAUAUAAACAUGAACGAGCCUGUUAUAGAAGUGUUGGGAAAGCCAGUCUCCGAGGCCGAACCGAUGUCAGUCAUUCACGCCACCGGUCAAAGCCGAUGGGUGGCCACCACCGUUUUUUCCACCAUGAUUGGGUUUUUUAUAUUGUGGGGUAUCUUCAAUGUCACAGUCAUAGACGAGAACUACCCCAACUAUGGCAAAGCUCUGUUGUUCCUCGCCUGUGUCUUCUUGGCAGUCGUUGUUUUUGGAGGUGGAGUCAUGUUUUUGUGGUCGAUGAGCAUAAAAUCUCUGUAUCACAAGCGACAUAACAAGGUGAUAUCAAAAGGGAGCUUGCCUUCAUCGCCUGCGAUCGAGAUGACGGCCAAUUCUCAGGCGACAGAUUCAGAUACCCAAGGAGCAUCACCGUGGCUUGGCAAUGUUACUCUUGGGAGGAGGCCAGAUUGGAAAGAUAUGUUCGAACAAAUAGCAAAGCAGUACGCAGGACAAAAUGUUGGAGUUCUGGUUUCCGGUGGUUCCAAGAUGGCCGCAGAUGUUGCCCGCGAGUGCAAGCAGCACAGCCUCUCGAGAAAUUCGAACGUAGUGCUCCACUAUCAUUCCGUGAGCUUCGAGCUGUAACUGCUCCACGCUGCGUUCAAUGUAAGCAUAUCCAAUGGUUUAUAAAAUCUCUCUAUAAAAUCGAGAAUUUAUUAGUCCACCUUUCAGCUCCACGCGCACCGCUCACAUGUAACAGCUGCUUUCAACUGUUCAUGAGGCAGCGUGAGACCGGCCUGUGGUCAUUGUUAGCCGCCUUGUACACAAGAUCCUAGAAGAGAAAGGUCUGACUUGGAAGGACAGUAGGGAAGAUAGUUCCAGUCUGCCAAUACAGAGGAUGAAAGGCCCCAAUCGAUUAAACAUAUUAGGCUUGAUUACUUGCUAUAUCAGGCACUUCCAGUGCAGUGAUUACUUUGGAGAAGCUGCCGGAUAAGACGCCUGGCUCAAAGAGGAGUCACACCGAACGAAGAGCUUCCAGUGUGAUAACCUGAACAGGACCUAUAUUAUCUAGAUCUUUGUUCUUCAGGCCAGAAUACCUGAAGGUCAGAAUCAGCAAAAUGUUCGUAGAUACGUGAUUUGUAAGGUUGCAAGGUUGAGCUAGCACAUUUGUUGGAAAGCACUUCCAGCGCAAGCAACCUCAAGAAUUAAAAAAGCUAGAAAUUUAUGCCAGUCAUUGUAUCGAGAAGCUCUGACGAUCAGCCGAUCCAAAUCCAAACGAUGAUUCCCG